AUGAAAGAGUUGGGUGCGUCGGAGGCCAGCACAGUCUACCUCGGCCCAGAUGAUUGUAAGACCAAAGCCAUGUCCCCACGUCCGAUUGGACGUAAGGCCGAAUCGGCCAAAUCUAAUGGCUUCGUGGAGUGCCAGGCCGAGCGUUGCCCGGCGCAGCAAGGGUGCUACCUCCUGCUCAACACGCCGAGGGACUCCUGCUGCAGCGUCUGCAAAGGCUGCGAGUAUAUGGGCAGGACCUACGCGAGCGGCGAGGAGUGGAAGGACCCUAGCAACCCGUGCCGCGUCUUCUACUGCAAGGCGGGGGUGGUCACCGAGUCCGAGGAGGUCUGCUACGUGCCGUGCCCCCAGUCGCUGCCGCCCGAGCCGGGCCAGUGCUGCCGGACCUGCCCAACGUGCCCGAUGAGUGAGAAGGACCGCGACAGGGACAGCAGGUCCGUGACGCUGGCCGAGGACCCGUGCGUCAGCUGCCAGUGCCGCGGCGGCCGGCUGGCCUGCUCCAAGAAGGCCUGCCCCGUGCUCAACUGCCCCCAGUCCACCAUCGAGCACCUGCCCGGACAGUGCUGCCCCGUCUGCAAAGGCAGCCGGCGCCUGAUCUACGAGCUGCCGACGGGCAGCUGUCUGCUCGGCACCGAGAUGAAGGCCUCCGGGAGGUCGUUCCACGUGGACCACUGCACGACCUGCGCCUGCGUCAACGGCACGUCGCUCUGCCGCCGGCCGUCGUGUCCGGCGCUGGACUGCCCCGCCGAGCAGCAGGUGACGGCGCCGGGCCAGUGCUGCUCCACCUGCACGCCCGCGCUCGAGAGCAGGGCCGCCUGCACGCUCAGCGGCCAGACCUACCAGGACGGACAGCAGUGGCGGCUGGGCCCGUGCAAGUGGUGCAUGUGCUCCGGGGGCGUGGCGCGGUGCACGGUGGAGCGGUGCCCGACGCAGCAGCAGUGCCCGCCGCACCAGCGCCUGCAGCAGGUGGACGGCGAGUGCUGCCCCAAGUGCGUCGACACGGACGGCGUGUGCGCCGUGUUCGGCGACCCGCACUACCGCACGUUCGACGGCAAGUUCUUCAGCUUCCAAGGCUCGUGCAAGUACCAGCUGGCCGCCGACUGCGUCGACCACAAGUUCUCGAUCCGCGUCACCAACGACGCCCGCGCCACCAAGACGUCGUCCUGGACCAAGACGGUGUCCAUCAAGGUCGGCAGCGUUAAGGUGAACCUCGGUCAGCGCCUCCGCGUCAAGGUGAACGGGGUCCGCAUCACGCCGCCCUUCCGCCUGGCCGGCACGCCCGGGAACGCGUCGGGCGGCGGCCUGCCCGGGGUGGACGCGAGCAGCGAGGUGACGGUGGAGCGGCGCGAGGACACGGUCCUCGUCACGACGGGCGUGGGCGUCAAGGUGACCUGGGACGGCAACUCGUUCCUGGAGGUGUCCGUGCCCACCUCGUUCAAGAACAAGCUGUGCGGCCUGUGCGGCAACUACAACUCGCUGGCCCGCGACGACCUGGCCACGCGGCGCGGCCGCCUCGCCGCCGACGUGGAGAGGUUCGCGGCCUCGUGGCGCGUGGGCGGGCGGCACGCGUGCGCGCGGCCGGGGCUGGCCGGGCUGGGGCUCGGCCCCGGCAGGCCCGGGGGCCGCCAGCAUCACCAGGACGCGCCGCCCGCCUGCCUGCGCCUCAGCAGCACCAGGAGGAUCCGCGACUACCGACGCUGCAAACCCCUCAUGGGCGACCCCUUCGCGGCCUGCCACAAGAAGGUCAACGCCGAGAUGUACUUCAAGUCGUGCCUAUUGGACAUGUGCGAGUGCCCGUCGGGCCGCUGCUACUGCGAGGCCUUUACGGCGUACGCGUACGAGUGUCGGCGGGCCGGGGCGGCCCUGGGCGACUGGCGGGCGGCCACGGGCUGCGUGGCGGGCUGGGCGGAGGAGUCGAGGGUGCCCAUCGGGCCACCCUUCCCGCCGCACCAGCGGCCCAGGGGCGGCCACCACCACGGUGGCCGGGGAGGAAACCGGGGAGGCGGCGGCGGCGGUGGUGGCGGCGGCAAGGGGGGCGGCGCGCGUGCCCACACCAGCAGCACGACGAGCAGUAGCUUCCCGCGGGUGGCGCAGCUUCAGCACCUGACGGGACUGUCCGGUCUGCGUCUGCCGCAGCCCGGAGCCUCCAGGCCGCCACCCCCAACAUUGCACUGAAACUCUCUAGUCUCCAUCGCCAUCCUCCUCAACACCCCGCCACGCCCCGCCACGCCUCGCCCGCCCCGCAGGCCAUCGAUCUCUGUAGAAGGCGAAGAACUCCAGGACCUGGCCCAACGCGGCGGGGCGAGGCAGCGCGAGGACUCACUUGUCUGGACGGCCGGGCGCACUGCUCCGGAGGCUGCUCCGGGCCGCGGCGGCCAGCGCGGCGGCGGCGGCCAACGGGACGGAGAAACGUCAUCCCGCCGCGGAGAGGCGUUGCGUUCAUCUCGCAUUCUUCGCGUUCCAGCCGAUGCAAAACAACUCACCGUGCUCCGCCGUGCUCCGGAGACCACCUGGUGGGCAGCCUCCGGCCGCGCCCCGCCCCGCUGGUCCGCGCCGCGCCGGCCCGCGCCGGGCCCCCCGCCGAGCUGCACGGGCGUCGCGACGCGUGGUCGGGCCGAGCGGCCGGCCGGCUGACCCUUUGCCCGCCCGCCGGCGGAGAGGCGACGCGCCAGUCUGGACCCCUCGCUCUCGUCGGAAUGCCCCGCUGGCCCCGGGCCGCUGCGUCUCCUUGCACAACUUGUCUAUUAUGCAACAACGACAAGGAUACGCGGGUCGCCCGGGCCACGGCGCGGCGCGCGACAGGAUGAGCGGACGGCGCCGCGCCCAGCCCGGGGAGACUUCAAUUAAAAGGUGAAAAGACGAAAACCUCGACGACGGGGAAUGCCGCGCGCGCCACGCCCCGGCCGGCUUCGUCUUCCUCAUCCGCUCGAUCACCAGCCGACAUGACUCUUUCGAGUUCGACCACCGCGAGUGCGGGUUGUAUUAUGUAUUGUAUUCAGAACCCUGCUGCAUACUGCAUUAUCAAAUUAAUUCGCAAAAGCAAGUCCAAGUCAUUAUUGUUAAUAAGUUAAAUUAAAUAAUCUACCGUACUAUGAGAUUGAUGCAUAUUAAACAAUUUUGUGACGACAGAGUAUUAUUACUAUUAAGGAUUCAUGUAUUUUAUUGUAAUCAAGUCAAAUUGUUCAAUGUGUAUACUGGAUUUAUAAGUAAUGUGUUUGCAUGAGUUGAGUCAUAAGUUUAGCAUUAACUGAGGCAUAGCACUUGUCAUUGACACAAUGAAAUUUGUAACUGGUAUUGCAUUCAUUGCACUUUCAGGGACAAGACAGCAAAACACAGAUCAAAUAACUGAAAGGACUUUUAUUUAGGACUUGUGCUAUGUGCUCUUGCUGUAUCGCAAUCAAGGAUCUCGUUACCGCAUUUUACAUUAGGAUAUUGAAAAAAAAAAUUGUAUAUAUUACUUGGCACUGUACAUAUUGAGUAGAGCUAGCGUUUUGUCAUUUAAAAAGAAAAGAUUUGUUCCUAUAGCAUAAUGAAAUGUGUGCCAUUAGGUCUGACAGUAUAAUAAACAGCCCUUCUGCAGAUAAAUUA